UCUCUUCUCUGCUUUCUUCUUCUAGUCUCUGAAGUCUGAGAUGACGACCGUCGUGUUGCCGGAAGAGAUGCUUAACCCGAUCCCGUCGUCGGCGAUGGUGACCGCCUCUUACCCGCCGCCUCGAAGCGCCGCGUCGACGGCCAACUAUAAGAAACUUAUGAGCCAUGCCGAUCAGCUUAGCAAAACAUGCAGAGCAUCAUCGUGGUUGGAAUCGAUGAGAGACUCUUCUCCGACACAUUUAAGAGUCGACAGUGAUUGGAGCAGGAGGUACCCGUCGGCAUUGAGCAGGUUCGAAGAGAUAACGGCGGCGGCUAUGCGAAAGAAGAUAGUCGUGUUUCUUGACUACGAUGGGACUCUUUCUCCCAUUGUUGAGGAUCCGGACUCCGCCUUCAUGUCUGAAUCGAUGAGAUCUGCAGUGAAAGGUGUGGCUAAGUAUUUCCCCACUGCUAUUGUGACCGGGAGGUGCAUAGAUAAGGUGUUUAGCUUUGUGAGAUUAGAGGAGUUAUUCUAUGCGGGAAGCCAUGGAAUGGACAUCAAAGGGCCUACAAAAUGCCCUAAACACGUAAAUGCUCAGGCACAAUCAAUGCUUUGUCAACCUGCAAGUGAGUUCUUGCCAAUGAUUAAUGAGGUCUACGAUUUACUUUUGGAGAAAACCAAAUUGAUCCCUGGUUGCAAGGUUGAGAACAAUAGAUUCUGCUUAUCAGUUCACUUUCGAUGCGUGGAAGAAAAGAGAUGGAGUGGGCUUGUUGAAGAAGUUAGAUCUGUGCUUGCCAUCUAUCCCGAUCUCCGAUUAACUCAAGGAAGAAAGGUGUUGGAGAUUCGCCCUACAAUUGAAUGGAACAAAGGCAAAGCGCUCGAGUUCUUAUUAGAAAAGCUUGGAUUUGACAAUUGUGAGGACAUUUUGCCCAUCUAUAUUGGGGAUGACCGCACCGACGAAGAUGCAUUUAAGGUUUUGCGUGACAGAGAGCAAGGAUUUGGUAUUUUAGUUUCCAAAUUUUCAAAGGAAACUAAUGCCACUUACACCCUCAAAGAGCCAUCUGAGGUCAGAGAUUUUCUUCAUCGAUUGGCUGAGUGGAAGCGGUUUUCUCUGAAGGCCAGGUUAAGGGUGUAAAUAAUACAGUUUCAAAGUUUCUUUCUGUUAAUAAUCCUCACGCAAUAGGAAAGUUUUCAAAGGGAAUGGCAGGAGAGGUUUUUCAUCCUUCUCUUGUUAUUCUUUUCAUGUGUCUUCCUGUGGGGGACUUAGAAGAGCUGAGUAUAUACAAUGUUGUUAACUCUCAUGUCCCCCAUAAGAGAAGUUCUUAGAAUUUAGAAGCCUUUUGUAAUUAUGCUUUAAGCAAUGAAAUGAGAAA